UGAGCCACCUGCUGCAUUUAAUCCUCUGAUGAUAUCACCAGAUUUGAACUGCGUCUUCAAAAAAGGUGUCAUAGCAGUGUGACGCGGUUAUCCUCUUAAUCUUAAAGACAGCUGUCGGGAUUUAGGUAGUGAUGACCAUAAUCCCAUUUCACCUGAACGGGCUUCAGUUUGAAGACGAGGUAGAGGAACACAAACUGCAGAGGUUUAACGCCCAAACGCAGGAGGAGAAGACGAAGAAGAAAAAGGGGAAAAGAUUCAAAUUUUUGUGGAGGAUGGGGAACACAAAGAGCAGUGCUUUGUCGAAGGAGCUCCUGGAAGAACUAAAGUCCAACACCAAAUACUCCGAGGCGGAGCUGUGCACCUGGUACCAGUCCUUCCUGAAGGAGUGUCCAGGUGGGAAGAUCAGCAAGCAGCAGUUUGAAGGCAUCUACGCCAGCUUCUUCCCCAACGCAGACCCCACUGAGUACGCAAGACAUGUUUUCAGGAGUUUUGACACCAAUGCCGACGGUACUUUGGACUUUAAGGAGUACAUCGUUGCUCUGCAUCUCACCUCUGGGGGAAAGACUCUGCAGAAGUUGGAGUGGGCUUUUGCUCUGUAUGAUGUGGAUGGGAAUGGAACUAUCAGCAAAAAUGAAAUCCAAGAGAUUGUUAGGUCAAUAUUCAACAUGAUUCCUGUCGAUGACCAGAAGAACCUCCCCGAGGAUGAAAACACACCGGAGAAGAGGGCUGAAAAGAUCUGGGAAUUUUUUGGGAAGAAGGAGAACGAUAAAAUCUCAGAGGGAGAAUUUAUUCAGGGUGUAAUGGACAACAAGGACAUCCUGCGCUUAAUACAAUAUGAUGAACCUCAGAAAAUCAAAGACAAGCUGAAAGAGAAGAAACAAUAGUAUACAAGCUAUGAAACAGGUCACAGUGUGGUAUCUUCGCCCAGCUGUGAUUUAUAUUUAACAUACAUCACUAUUCUGCUCUUUAUAAAAACCUCACAAUAACUACAUAAUUCAUUUGGUCAGUAUUUGACGUUCUGAUGUCUUAUCUUUUACCUGUGAAAAUGUAUUUUCUGUGAAAAUUGCAUGAAAAGGUAUAACUAAAUAAACCAGUCGGCUAAAUGCUAACUAGCCCAGCUAACUGUUCUGCAGCCUGUGCAGCCUCUGACUCUAUUGGUUAGCUUGGCUAUGAACUGCGUGGCUAAGCUAACCGUAAAUCCUUAUCAAACUUUUUAUAACUGUUGAGCCUUUUGGUGAAUUUUUGACGUCUCACCUUACAGUAUUAUACCUCUUGGUGUAUAUAAUGAUCGAGGAAAGCGUCACAAAAAGUUAUUAAGAGUAAUAAAACAAGGAUAUAAACAAUACUGCUGUGACUGCACCCUGGCUAGUUAAGGCGAGCUAGCAGGAGUCUUAGCUAAAGCUAAUUCACCUACUGUUUCCUGUCUCAUGAGUUUGAACUGUAAAUUAACACCACCAGGUGUUGGUUUAGCAUUGUGCAUAACGCUAAAAUUUUGUCAACAUAAAUUUCUAGCAUAUUGUUAGAUGGGUUAGAUUCUCCACAAUUUAAGAAACGAGAAAGUAGAAUUUAUUGCUAUUUACCAGUACGUUAUACAAAAACAGUGGCAAGCUCUUACCAUUAAAGGCUCACAAAGUCUGAUUUUGUGUCCAGUCCUCCAUUAUUCAAUUUACUUUAAUCCACGAGGGUCCAUACGAGAAGCUAAAGUGUUUUUAUACAAAAUUAGUCCAAGUUGUGAAUACUGUCAUGUUAAGUAUAUUGCUCUCUGUCUAUCAACUUUGUCAAAUAAAAGCCUUCCUCUAUA